GUAGAUCCUCCGGCUUCCCACUAUUGCCAUGGCGCAUUCUCCUGUUCAAAAUCAAAAUCCCACCGAUCAUCCAUUCAUCACAGAUAUCUGCAAGUUAUGGAAAACUGAUUAUGAGAGAUUGUUGAACAUGCUGCUGCAUAACUCCAUCCGUCUUAUGUAUCGCAGGUGCAUCUCCGUUGCCAGUCCUGUUCGUCUCCCCUUCGGAGGAAUCCAGAUUCUCCUCCUUCCAGCUUACCUGGUGUAUCUACUUCCAUGAUUAUUUUGAAUUCAAUCGGCCAGGGUUUCUUUGAACCGCGAUUGCUGCAUAGAGUAAGCAAAUUCUGGUUAUGGGGCAAAAGAAUUCAACGGAGGGUACCUGGAGACCCUCUUCUCCACCAUCUUGGCCGACUUCAUCUUCGUUAAAUCAGUACGAAUAUCCACAGUCAUCCAACACACAAGAAGACAUCCCACAGACAGCUUAUCCACAAAACCAGUAUUAUCCUCCACCCCAGCGAACCCAGAGAAAUCUUGAUAGGAGGUAUUCCAGAAUAGCUGACAACUAUAGCUCACUAGAGGAGGUGACACAAGCUCUUGCCCGUGCUGGACUUGAGUCUUCUAAUCUCAUUGUUGGAAUUGACUUUACUAAGAGCAAUGAGUGGACAGGUGCACGUUCAUUCAAUCGAAAAAGUUUACAUCAUAUUGGAGAUGGUUUAAAUCCCUAUGAACAAGCUAUAUCAAUUAUUGGGAGAACUCUAGCUGCUUUUGACGAGGACAAUAUGAUCCCUUGUUUCGGAUUUGGAGAUGUGACAACGCAUGAUCAAGACGUUUUCAGCUUCCAUCCUGAUAAGAGAUUUUGUCACGGAUUCGAAGAUGUGUUGACUCGGUAUAGGGAAAUUGUUCCUUAUCUACGUCUAGCAGGUCCCACAUCAUUUGCUCCAGUCAUAGAAAUGGCCAUGACUAUUGUUGAACAUAGCGGUGGGCAGUAUCAUGUUCUAUUAAUCAUUGCUGAUGGUCAGGUAACAAGAAGUGUUGAUACGGAAAUAGGUCAGCUGAGUCCUCAAGAAAAGAGAACGGUUGAAGCAAUUGUAGAAGCAAGCAAGGUCCCUCUCUCUAUUGUAUUAGUUGGGGUUGGAGAUGGACCGUGGGACAUGAUGAAAGAAUUUGAUGACAAUAUUCCUGCCAGGGCCUUUGACAAUUUUCAAUUUGUUAAUUUCACUGAAAUUAUGCUAAAGAAUGUGAACCAGUCCAGGAAAGAGACAGAAUUUGCUCUUUCAGCUCUGAUGGAAACUCCUUCCCAGUAUAAAGCAACCAUAGAGCUCGGCAUAUUGGGUGGCCGAAGAGGGAAUGUCCCAGAAAGAGUUCCUCUGCCGCCUCCUGUCAUAAGAGCAGCCUCUUUUAACAGCUCACAACCUUCCUAUUCAGCCAGCUUUCAACAGAAAGUUCCUUCAUAUAGUGACUAUAGCAAUAAUAAUGUCGAUUCUUCUGCCAGGGAUUCUACUUAUGACAAUCAGAUUUGUCCCAUUUGCCUAACUAAUCCGAAAGAUAUGGCAUUUGGCUGCGGACAUCAGACUUGCUGUGAAUGUGGACUAGAUCUACAACUUUGCCCAAUUUGUAGGUCUCCAAUCCAAACCAGAAUCAAACUUUACUGAGUAACAUUGUCAUAAUUUGUGAUAAAUAUGGAAGUUUGUUGGUGAAAGUUGAGAGCAUUGCUGGUCUGGGGCUGUGUAUUUACUUUUACAUCUGUCGUGAAUCCGACCAUUCGACAUGACUCUUCCGCGUGUGUGAUGCUUGUGUUGUGUUUAUUAUUUGGAUACUAGAGUGUAGGGUUUAGGGUGAAAUUUGUUACUUGUGCAUAAAUGACUUUGGCAGUCUACUGAGGAUAAUUGAGUAGCGGAUGGUGGGAAAUUCUUUAAUUAAUUUGUUUGAUUUUUUAAAAAAAAGUCUCAGAGCUGGAAUUAUAUACAUUGGUUGAAUUUUGAUCAUCAGUAGCAGAUUUAACAUUUAGAAAUAAUAAUAAUGUAAAUAUUAAC